GCACGUUUCUUUCUGCCGGACUCAAGUCCUCCACCUGUCACUCGGACCGCUCGCGGAUCAGAGCUCGUAGAUCAGAGCUCUCCCAAGCAAAGUCCGUCCCCAGGUCCACUUGAUGCGUCUGUCCUCCGUCCUCCUCGACGUCCGCAGGAUGAAAACCCUCACGCUCGGGCUGACCCUGGUUCGGCAUGGGGAAACGCAUUACAACAAAAUGGGACUGCUGCAAGGCCAGACCAUCGACUCCCCUCUGUCUGAGACGGGGCUGCAGCAGGCCGAAGCUGCAGGAAGAUACCUGACGGAUGUCCACUUCAGCAACGUGUUUUCCAGCGACAUGCUGAGAGCCCGGCAGACCGCUGAAAAGAUUAUGGAGCACAACAGCAGCUGUUCUCAUCUCCAAAUGGUGUGUGAUCCUUUACUGAAAGAGAAGAGUUUUGGGAUUGCUGAGGGGAAACAGGUCAAGGACGUCAAAGAGAUGGCCAAGGCCGCGGGGGAGUCGUUUCCAGGCUUCACCCCCCCAGAAGGGGAGCCUCAAGAGCAGGUAAAGGAGCGGGUCAAAAGGUUUCUGGAGAAAAUGCUUCAGCACAUUGGAGCCGAACACUGGCAUGACAGAGGGCAAGAUGACACCUUCGCACCUGCGUCACCGGAGACGUCUCCUGUUGAGGGGAAGGCAGACGAUGGGGUCGAGGGCAUCCCGGUUCACGCGCUGGUUGUCACCCACGGAGCUUUAAUGUGCGUGGCAGUGCGUUACUUUGUGGAGGAGUUGCUUUGCUGCUUACCUCAGGGGUGUGACAACACGUAUAUGUUCUCCCUGAGUCCGAACACGGGGCUGUGCCGCUUCAUACUAGGCAUAAGGAAAGAGGACGACAGGUUCACGUUAUCGGGGAUGCGCUGUGUGUUCGUCCACAGGGGAGACCACGUGAAACAGUAGGAGCGAAAGGUGUUCAAGUGGGCAAAGAACUACCUUUCCGCUGAAGUGUUGUGGUUUGUGUGACUUAGUUGCUGGGAAGCUGCAUGCUAACCAAAAACAGAAUAAACAGCUUUGAGCAGGAUCCUGCAGACAGGCCGGGUACAACACGGUGACCUGUCUGUGGAGGAAAAAUCAACUUCUUUAUGUGCUUUUACGUCAAAUGUUAGAAGAAUUUCUCCUUAGAGAAAAAAAUUUGAAUUUAUCCAUUUGGUUAGACUGUUAAUUUCACCACGAAAGUGACCACUUAUAUAAUUUAUAUUUAAAUUAUUUCAGCUUUGAUUACAUUUAUGAAUAAGCCAACCCAAAUUGUACCAGGUACUUGUAUGUGAUAGCAAGAGAAGAGUGAUUUAGGCCAAGGUCCGACUUAAAGCAGCACAAUGGACUUUAGAUUACUUUAAAAUCUUAGCUUCACUUCAUUUGAAGGAAUAUUUACUGGCUUUUAGAAAAGUCUCCCGUCUCUGCUCUUGGCCAGAAGCAUUGGACAGUAAAGCAAAGGUGGCUAAGAUUUAAGAAAGUAAUUAUGGAACAGUCCAACAACGAGUAAAUCUCUGACAUAAAAGCCGUUCAACCUGCAGGGGGACCCUGCUCGCUGAAAAUGGCACACGCUCCUUUGCACUGGUACUUUUAGCAAAUACGAAUAAUUUUCACAUUAAAUAUUUACGUUUCUGAGGAAAAAAUAUAUUUAUAUGUAUGAUUAAAAGUUGCAACUUUUCUGGAAUGACUAUAACAUGAGUUUAAAAUAGUGUAAAGAUGUAUUUCUAUAGGGUCAUUUAUCUAAAUGGAAUUUAUAGGAACUUUGUUAACAUUUAAAAAUUAGAUUAAUAAAAUGGGAAACAUUAAGUCAUAUUUACUUUAAUCUGUAGGUAAACACUGGAAAUGAUGACUCAAGUUUGAAGUAUUUAUUAUUUUAAAGGAAGCAUUUUGAGUAAAUUGAAAACAUAAGACAGCAGACUUUACAGUAUCGUUUACAAUAGAAAUGAAUUCAUUGUAUUUAUAAUCUGCAAUGCCACAAACAGACGUGUUAUAUAUUCAGGCUUCCAUGUGAUUCACACUUUCAUUUAACCUUUUACUGUUGCAGCGUAAUGUCGUCAUCACAUUGUCUCCUGGCUGAUCAUUACUGUAAACAUGGGCAGCUUUGUAGCCUUGUUGCUAUAUUUAUCUCCUGAGGGUUCACAGAUCUUACGCAGGAACACCGAGCCAAACCCUGAGAGUGUUUACCUUUCGGAAAUCAGUGACUGUGUCAUUGUUGUGAAUUAACACUUGAGUCAACAAGGACAAACUGACUCUGCAACCUUGCUGCAGGACAUGAGUUUCAUUCCUCUCUCUCUCUCUGUAAAUUGUUUAUUGUAGAUAAGCACUUUUCUUCAAACUCUGCAAUCAAGAGAAUGUACGCUGUGAGACUGCUGACCUGGAAUGCAUGCAUGCAAAAAUAAAUGAAUUAUGUAAUCGAAUGCUGUCAAAUUGUCCCAAAUGGAGAUGUUAUUGAUCAAAUGUAUUUAAGCUGCGCUGCUUCUCAUUUGUUCACCUUUGUAAGACAUAUACAUACAACUUCUCAAAUAAUGUAAUAGGUAUGAGUUUAAAGUCCAUGUUUAUGUGAUUUGUAUUAUUUAAUUCCCUGAUGACCUGGACUAACAUUGCAGAAGCAGUCGGUUGUGUGCGUAAAACAACCACGGGAUUUCUGCAACUCCCAAGUGAAUCAAAUGUUUCACGAUACCUCGGUGUCUGUAAUUACCAGAACUUUCCCAGUGUAAGAAAACAUGAGCAGCAAAGGGAAGCUGAUAAGAUGAACAAUCAGUCUGCAGUGAGAUGAAAUGAAUGAGAGAAUUCUCGAUGCAGAAUGUCCUGACUGACUUACCAGUGUUCCUCCACCAAAUCUUUACAAACUCAUCCUUCUAAGAUGUUCCUGGACACAUCUCAUAUGUAUGUACAAGAACGUUUGAUAACUAUGUUCUCUUUGUUAAUCCUUAUCGAAAUAGAAGCAAAUAGAGGUCCCAGAGAAUAUUCACCAUUUAUUUGUUCAUAUGAGAAACAACACAGCAUGAAAUAUAUAAAUAAUACACAUCAGGCAAGAAAGGAAGUCAUUUAACACAUUUCAAUAAAUAAAGCAUCUCAUUGCUGUGAUUACUGGUGUCCA